UUGGUAGGUGGGUGGGUGUCUGCUGUGAAACCUCCUCGGUCUCCUCCCCCGUCCGACCAUCCCUCCCUGCUAGACAGUCAGAGUUUCUGGCGAGUGGCGCAUUUAUCGACAGCCUCUGAUUUAAGAGGGUGGAACGAGCUGACUGGAUUCGACGAGACUCGUCGAGAAGAGGAGGAGGAAACGACGACGAGACACGAGAGACGACGGCGCUUCAGUCAGCGUUUGUCCGUGGUCGCGCUCGAAGGUCGAACGGCGACGGUUAGCGCGUACCCCGCUUGUCCAUAAGUGAACUCGAAAGACGGUGGUUUUCGUAUUUCUCCAAGACUUGACGCAUUAAGAAGCUACUAAUAAUUCACUGUGUGAUAUUUAUUUUAUUAUUAGUGGAUUAUAGACAAGAUCCUCUCGGCAGGCAAUAAGUGUAGUAGGAACUGGAAGGUGUACACAAGAAGAUAUAUAUAGUUAUAUCUUCAUCAAGAAUUUUUUUUUCUGGACUCAAACGACUCUUCGAACUAUCGACAAUCAACGAUUUUCGACCUGUUUUUCAGGAAAGGAGAAGCAAGCAGCCUUAUCCCAACCUGAGAACCUCACCCUUAUCACUGUUUAUUCACAACUACCACAACUCAAGUCAUAUCAAACAUUAUAUACAAAAAAAGAAAAAAACUCACGCGUUAGACGUCAUCACUACCUUACCAGCCAUCUUACAAAUAGAAUACCGAGAUACACUCAUUGCAGUCAGCUAUUGUAACUGUUAUAUACACAGUGCCUACAGUGUCCGUCUUCUUGCACGCUGGAAUUCCAAACGAAAGCGAGAGACGAAAAGGAAGAGGAUAAAUCCAUUAAUCUGAGACAGCCAGGCGACCUUGGAUAUCUUAUCUGCUCGGUGACGAGGCAGCAGGCGGCCGCCGAACAGGACUUUUUGGAUGUACAGCAGGAGGAGUCGGAGGGGCGGUAGUAGUAGUAGUAGUAGUAGUAGUAGUCGCACGGGGUCACUUGCUGAGACCGCGCGUGCCUUCUCGCAAAGAGAAGAAGAAGAAGAGGAAAGGCCAGUCACAUCGGGAGAGAGAAUCCGCGCGGCUCUCAGGCCAUCUCCCAAGCGGAACUCCGCGUACCACCACUCCGUUGUUCCUUCGGCACAUCCCUACACAACCGCCACCACGGGGGACUUCACAGCUGCCGUGCUCCCAAGCAAGCCCUUGGGCAGGAUGGAUUCUUGGUCCAAGAGAAAGGCCGGGGUCGCCAAGGCCGUGGAGGGCGUCGUCAAGCGACGCAAACACAUUGUUCUGGUGGGGCUGGAUGGCUCUGGCAAGACGACAGUGCUCACGCGGCUCAAGUAUCGAUGCUACGUAGCCACCACGCCCACGAUUGGCUUUAACCACGAAAAGGUGUGGGGCGGUGGAUACAGAUGGUCGUGUUGGGACGUAGGUGGCGGAGAGCGCUUGCGACCCCUGUGGUCAUCCUACACCCGGGCCACCGAUGGCAUAGUAUUCGUGGUGGACUCGGCGUCGUUGCCAGACAUGAUGGAAGAAGCACGAGUCGAGCUUGCUCGAGUGCUCAAGAAGUCACGAGCUUCGUCGGUACAGUUAGGAAUUCCCUCACCGCCGCUCCUUGUGCUGGCGAACUUUCAGGACCAGAUACAUGCUCGCUCAGCCCAGUGUGUAGCCGUGAGCCUGGGAUUGGGCGAGGCCAUGGGCGUGGUGUGGGCGGUAGCGCCAGUUUGCGCCCUCACCGGGGAAGGGCUCGACGAUGCCAUGGCUACCCUUAGGACCCUUAUCGACAAGGUCCGACAGGAAGCCCGGAGGAGGGAUCGUUGGCGCUGAUCUGAAAGGACUCCGAUAGGGUAAAAAAAUAUCCCUUCAGCAAGGAGGGAGUUUUUUUUUAUUCUUCGAGAGCAGCGAAAGAAGAAGAAGAGGAGUUUUUGUACAUACAGAGAUUUGGAGGAGCAGCUGAAAGGGGGAAAUGUACAAGAAAACUAAGAAGAGGAAGAAGUAGAAACCUUUAGCCUUUCACACGAAAGGAAGAUUUAUAUAUUUAUAUUCCCCUCGCUCUUCUUCACUGGAUAUAAUGUCUCUCGCCGUCAUGAGAGGAUUUUUCCAAGUGUGUGUGUUGUCUUUUGUGUAUAUUUAUUUCGCUACUCAUUCCUGUCGUCGGAAACAAGGAAGAAGGAAUGCACGAGACAGCCGAAUGAGAUGGACUUAGUCAUAUUCGUCAGGGGGUUGUUGCGGACGAACGUCAGAUAUCGUCGUAUCGUGGAGUUGACUGAGGAAGAUCUGGCGUUGCAGGAACAACACGUGAUGUGCUACUCUGUUGGAAACGGGGUGUGUGUAUGUGUGUGCGUCUGAGACAAGUCCGCUCGAGUUUUUAAUAGGAUAAUUUCCUCUGCUCGUGCGUGAAUGGGCGAAGCAUUCUUGGUGAACGCGAGAAAAAUCUUUUUUCCCACUUAAAUGUGUUGAAGCCAAGGCGAACCGAGACCGUUGGUUUAAGUGGGGACAAUCCCAGCUGGGUCACUCGGCAUUGGGGUGAGAACCCCCCAGCUGGUGUACCAUGAGAAAACACUCCAGCUGGGCUCGUAGUAGGCAAAUGGCAAAUAACAGCAGUAGGCCAAAGAAACCUGUUCUUUUAUAUAUCAAUUCAAGUAGUUCUGAGCUAUAGGGUAAAUUCAUCUCGCUAACCAAGAAGGGCCGUAGAACCUUCCCUCAGUUGGGUAAUGCUCGCAAAACUUGUCAAACUCACGUUUUUCAUCGUUUGUGGAGACGAUUUUUGAGAUCUGCUCUACAUCAUCAGCUACAUGUCUGCCAGGAAUUGCAUGAGUGCGCGUGUGCAAAGUGAGUUCAGCGGGGUUUAAUUACUGUCAUCAUCAUCUCACCAUCAUCAUCAUUAUCAUCAUAAGCAUAGUUACCUUCAUGGUCAGGCCCCACAUCCAUUCUACUCCUCUUCAUUCCACACCAUUACACUAAAAAAGUUUAAGGAUGCAGACGAGGAUACUACACUCGGAUGCGUUGUAAUAGAGCUUUAUUCUUCAUGAAAGAGCCUCUCCACCCAUGUAUAACUCCCACCCAUUCACGUGUAUAAGUACAGCCCCCGACCUCUUAUAAAUUCAAGUCAUGCCGAACCUUCGCCACUGGAGUGUGUCUUGUAGCAUUCCUCCCUUCCAUCACUAGAAAUUUCCUCCGACUGACUCAACCUCAGGUUAGUUAUUUAAAAAAAAAGUGAGACUAGGUUCUCAGCCAACAUUCCCCCACUCUUGACAAAAACGAAAUUCCAUGGUUAUUAGCAUUUAGCAUCGCUCAUUCUCCUCCUCUCAUGGUUGUUCACCAUUAUCGUCACCUAGAAAGGGUCUCUGUUUGGCUAUGUCUUCAUAUUUUUCCAUUUGAUUUUAAUCUGUUGAUUGUGAGAAAUCUGAUAAACAUUGCCUUUGUUCAUUCGUUCAGUUUUGCGUUCUCUCAGACCGGUAUCUGUGAUAGUUCGACUGAUCUUGAGAAACCCUAAUGAAGCCAAGGUAAUCUUCCUAUUGGAAAUAGUACUCCCUCUGUGCACUUGGACAAAUGUGUCACAGAAUGAACGCAGACAAAAUAAACAAAACGUUUACUGAAGGUUAGUGUGGAAAAAAGAUUUAUUGUCAAGCCACCAAUUCAUGAAAUGAUUUCAAGAAACCUACGAUGGAGAAUCGGCCUAUUUUCUAAUGGGCGUUGCCACGUGUCUUAAUUCCCCGAACCACCUUGGUCUAAAGAGCUUCAGACUGGUUGCUUGUGUAAAUAAACAGAAAUUCUUGCCAGUCUAGAGCUAGUCUUAAUUGAUUCAUUGUAUUUUACUCACCUCGUAGUAACCAGGAUCUAAGGCCUUCCUGUAGGUCCUAGUAGACGCUUAGAAGUAAUUAGGCCACUAUUUUGUAUAUUUUAGUAAAUUCAGAUAAUUUUUUAUAGUACAGAGAGGUUACCAUUUUUAUAUAGGCUUAACAGACAACGCGCCCAUGAUUGUUAAAAGUUGGUGGUUAUUACGUGAAAAAAGAAGAUACAAAUCAAAGUUUCUUCCGCUCUGAAGGAUGAAACUUUCUUAUUUUCUCAUGGUACAAAAAUUUUACCCAAUUGUCUUUUUUUUUUUUUUAUUGUACUGUUCCUGUUUCUCUUUAGCCGUUACCCGGAGAUUCCAUUUUGAGAAUGGAGUAACUCCAGAAUGAAGCUCGCAUGAGAACUGACUUUUACGUGUAAGGUCACAUUGUUUGUGGCAAUGACAUUUUAUACUUUGUUCCUAUUAAGUUAUUUAUACUUAUUUUUUCUGUUACUGUCUGUCAUUUUGGAUAUUACUAUUAUUAUUAUUAUUAUUAUCAUCAUUAUUACGGAGUAUAAAGUCACCAUGUAAUCCAUUAUACAUUAUUAAAUUGCAGUUUAUGCUA